AAACUUGGUAAGAACUGACAUAGACGUGAAUGUUUCUUUGGGUAUUGGGUUUCCUGUGUUGUGUUAACGCACAGGAAACCCAAGUUAAACAUAUUGCAUGACCAGUUUCCGUGACUAGGGGAAGUGUGCCAUCUUUCUUUGAAUUAAAACGCUCCGAAUUUCUCCACUGCUUAAAAAAAUACUCUCUACGACUACUAGAUGUCUGUGCUGAACCAGUUUUCCAUUUGGGAUACUUGUGAUUUGGAAGCGAUCUGUUUGGACUGAACGCGGGAAAGAGGAGGAUUUAUAUGACCGACUAUGCUACCAUGCUUCCGCCCAAGAGAUUGCAAUGUGUAAGUUUAACUGAUCAAAACAAGAACCAGGUAGUUUGAAGUCAUUAUAGUCAAAGCAUCUGAACAUAGAACAGUAGCUGGUUGACAUGGCUUUGAAACUUGAGGAUUUUGACGUAUCACCUACUCUGGGAUUCGUACCCGACAACCCUCUUGUAAGGCUUCCAGAGUAUUUUGAUCCUUGGGAAAGACUCUGUGAUGAGCUUCCAACCCUAUGGAAAAAUAGAACCACACGUUCUGCUAUUGAAAAGCUGCCACUACUAGACUAUGCCAUACUUUCAUCUCAAAAGGAGUGGCAAAGAGCGGAUGUUGUUUUGACGGCAAUGGCUCACUCUUACGUCUGGUGCUUCGGGGAACAAGGAGCUGUAAAGAUUCUACCCAAGUGCAUUGCUGUUCCUUUGUUUGGUGUAUCAAGACACUUAGGUUUGCCACCAAUCAUAAACCACUAUGUGUUUGCCUUGUGCAACUGGAGACGAGCAAGUGCUGACAGUGACUUGGAACUUAUUACUACAUUCACUGGCACCAAGUCAGAAGAAGGCUUCUUCCUGAAUGCUGUUCUGGUUGAACUUGAGUUUGGUAAAGGAGGCGCAGUUUGUCUGGUGACGGGGCAGCAGGCUAUUCUCAAUGCUGAUAUUGAUACUCUUAUCAAUUCAUUGAUUACCCUGCAAAAUAUUAUCCACAACAUGAUAAGUGCCUUCAUUAAAAUCCAUGAUGUAACUGAUGCAGAAGAAUUUUACGAUUUAUUAAGGCCUUUUAUGAAUGGAUGGAAUGAAGGUUCUGUUCUAGAAGAUGGGUUGGUGUAUGAAGGAGUUUCCACCAAACCGAUGAAGUAUUUUGGAGGAAGUGCUGCUCAAUCUUCAGUGUUCCAAGCAAUUGAUGGAUUUCUUGAGAUUCCACACCAAACUAACACAGGAGAUGAACAUUUCCUCACAAAAAUGAGAAUGUACAUGCCGCCUAAACACAGAGCAUUCAUUGAGGCAAUUGAGAGCGGACCUUCACUCAAAGACUUUGUUUUGAAAAAGAAGAAUAGUCUGUUGACCGAGAAGUAUAACAGCUGCAUUGAUGCAAUGAAAAAAUAUCGCAGCCUUCACUUGAAUGUUGUUACAAAGUACAUAAUAAUUCAAGCAAACAAGAACCCAAAGAAUGUGAACAUAAAAUUAUCUAAUACUGGUACCGGAGGCUCAGAUCUUUUACCAUUUUUGAAAAAAAUCCGCAAUGAGACUGAAGAACAAAGGAUCAAAUGACUUCUAAACACAACACAACAAUGAAGACUCAAAUAUGUUGCUAAAUCAAACGAAAAGAUGGGUUAAAAUAAGGAAAGAAGGGUUUUUWAAAUUUAAAAAUAAUGUCAUAUAUUUCAUGUAUAAUUUAUACUGAAUUUCUUAAGAAUUUAAUAUAAAAUAUAGCAAGAAUUGUAAAAUAAAAUGAAAGAGUCAUUCACAAUAAUUUUAUAUUGCUUCGACUCCAUAUCCUAAUGCAAAACUGUAAUGGGAGUGUUAUAACUUUGCACAUAAAAAAGGCAAAUAAACAAGAAUUAAAACAUAAUAAAUAAAUACCAACAAGU